CUCCUUAGAGCGAGUGGGAUAAGCUCCCAAAUUCAACUUACUCAAACAAAGAUUAUCCCACUCUUCCAUCCAUUUCUUCACUUCCUCAGUUCCAGCCUUACAUCUCAAGGCAUUUGUUUCUCGCGCCUAUUCAAUCCAAUCCAAGAAAAUGGGGAUGACAAUUCUGGCAAUAAUCUCUCUUUUAAUCUUCACAACCUCCGGAGAAUUCACCACCGACGAAGCUAAUCUCCGGCGCCGAUCAGCGGGAGAGACCUUAUGCAGUAAGCUCAUCGAACCCGCUGGUUACCCUUGCACCGAACAUACUAUACAAACUAAGGAUGGUUACUUAUUAGCUCUUCAACGUGUGUCGUCUCCUAAUGGGAAUAUAAGGCUGCAACGUGGCCCUCCUGUUCUGCUUCAACAUGGACUCUUUAUGGCAGGUGAUGCAUGGUUUUUGGACUCUCCUGAGCAGUCAUUGGGCUACAUCCUUGCACGUCAAGGCUUUGAUGUGUGGGUUGGAAAUGUACGUGGGACAUUUUGGAGUUAUGGGCAUGUAUCUUUGUCUGAGAAAGACAAGAAUUUUUGGGACUGGAGCUGGCAGGAAUUGGCUCUAUGUGACCUUUCAGCAAUGAUGCACCACAUAUAUUCAACAACAAACUCCAAAAUUUUAGUUGUUGGACAUUCCCAGGGGACAAUCAUGUCUCUGGCUGCUCUUACUCAGCCAAAUAUAGCAGAAAUGGUUGAAGCUGCUGCUCUUUUGUGUCCAAUAUCAUACCUGGAACAUAUAAGUGCUCCACUUGUACUUCGAAUGGUUGGGUUACAUCUUGAUCAGAUGGUUCUGGCCAUGGGCAUACAUCAACUGAACUUUAGAAGUGAAGUGUUGAUUAACCUUUUGGAUUCCAUGUGUGAUGGUCAUGUAGAUUGUGAUGACUUGCUGACUUCCAUGACAGGGCAGAAUUGUUGCCUUAACAACUCACGGGUGGACAACUUUCUUGAAUAUGAACCUCACCCGUCAUCUGUGAAAAAUCUUCGUCAUCUUUUCCAGAUGAUUCGUCAGGGCACUUUUUCCCAAUAUGAUUACGGAAUAUUUAAAAACCUGAAGUUAUAUGGUCAGGUGAAACCCCCAGCAUUUGAUCUUAGUCAAAUACCCAAGUCGUUGCCAUUAUGGAUGGGCUAUGGCGGCUAUGAUGCUCUAGCAGAUGUUGCAGAUGUGGAACACACUCUUAAGGAGUUGCAGACCAAACCUGAGUUGCUUUAUCUGGAGAACUAUGGUCAUCUAGACUUCCUCAUGAGUGUACAUGGAAAAGAAGAUGUUUUUGAUCAUAUGAUUAGAUUUUUCAGGUCACUGGGCAAGUCUAGUGCUUGAAUUGGCUACUUUGAUAUGAGAAAGCUCCUAUUAUGUGUGUAUUUUACUAAUUUGUGUGCAUAUAUUGUAACAAAUCUUUCAAAUCCUUUUGUAAAUGUUGAUUAUUGAUUAGCAAGAAAGAAAUUAUAGAAGGAAGAAAAAGGUAUUACUAUUA